ACACACACCCUCUUUAGAUAAGCAGGCAGAAGGGGGUGUGUGUGUCUUUAAGGCGCCUGUGUGUCUUUGUGUCUCAGCAGCAGCAGCAGCAGCAGUCUCUAGUCCAGUUCGGUUCAGUUCGGAUCAUGUCUUAAAUCAUCUGCAGCAGAUCUGUGUGUGUUCAAACUCCUGAAAGUCACGAACAGCUUCAUUGUCUCGCGGUCCGGUGGGUUCGGUUCGGUUCUGGUCGUGAUGCAGCCUUCAUCUUCAUCAUCUUUAUCAGUGUUUCUUCUUCUUCUGUCAAGUUUUUCUCUCGCUUUGGCCUGUAAUAAAGCUCUGUGUGCCAGUGACGUCAGCAAGUGUCUCAUUCAGGAGUUGUGUCAGUGCCGGCCGUCCGAUGGGAACUGCUCGUGUUGUAAGGAGUGUAUGAUGUGUCUGGGAACUCUCUGGGAAGAGUGCUGUGACUGUGUGGGCAUGUGUAACCCCAAGAACUACAGCGACACGCCGGCGACGGCCAAGAGCACGGUGGAGGAGCUGUACCGGCCCAUCCCGUCGCUCUUCCGCGCGCUGACCGAGGGCGAAGCGCCCAUCAACAUGAUGGUGGUGUCCUUCCCCGUGGCCGAGGAACUGUCCUACCACGAGAACCUGGUGUCCUUCCUGGAGACGAUGGAGGACGCGCACCAGAACGUCUCGCUGCCGGGGAACAGCAUCCACGCCAGCUACGACACGCAAGAUAAGAUGUGUACGGUGGUUUACUUCGACGACUGCGUGUCCAUCCGUCAGUGUAAGCAGUACUGCGAGUCGAUGGGCGGAUCCAAGUACCGCUGGUUCCACAACGCCUGCUGCGAGUGCAUCGGACCCGAGUGCGUCGACUACGGCAGCAAAUCCGUCAAGUGCAUGAACUGCCUGUACUGAUCCUGAACUGAGCGCAGUCCUGUCAGUUACUGAUGUUUUAUUAUUGUGUCCUGCGUCACACAAAAGAUUUUGUAUAUAUAUUAUUUUUAUUCUUGCAGAUUCACGUUUAGCCUCAUGCAUUCAGAUCAGAGAAAUGACUGAUAGAGAAUAGAUGCAUCUCUGUGCUUAAUCAUAAUCAGCAUAUGUUAGGAACUUUCUCAAGGUCUUUCUUAAGACUGAAUGAAGUUAAAAUCAUUAGUUUAACGAUUAAAAAUAAAUCAUCCUUUCACCUCGAGAAGUGAAGCUGGAGUUUUAUGUAGAGACGACAGACGCUUGUUUCUUCAGUUUCACAGACGCAGGUGAACUUGAGCGAUAGAAAUCACUGUAUUUUUCAAUAAAACAUCAUCUCCAGUUUUUA